CCGACGUGCCCGGCGCGCACGCAGCGGACCCUGUCAUGGCUGGCUAAAGCCGAGGGGGCCGAGGAUAUGCUGUUUUGGGCGGCAGAGAAGGAAGGGGCGUGACUUUGCAGCUGAACGGGCGGCCCCUCCACAGGCCCGCCCUUGUCGGCCGUUGCCUCGGCGCGCCAAAAUCAAAUCGGGAGGACAAGCGGUGGGAGAGCCUGCGACCGGCCGGAGUCCUGCCUGUUGGUCAGGGUGCGUUCGGCGUCAGCGUCGGUCCGGACACCUGUGGCCACUCCCUAGCUCUCCCUGCCCAACGCACUCGGGGGCUAUCACUAGACCAGGAAUGGCCACCCCGCCCAAGAGGAGCUGCCCAUCUCCCGCGACCAGCUCUGAGGGCACCCGCAUCAAGAAAAUUUCCAUUGAAGGGAACAUCGCUGCAGGGAAGUCAACAUUUGUGAAUAUCCUUAAGCAAGUCUGCGAGGAUUGGGAAGUGGUUCCUGAACCUGUUGUCAGAUGGUGCAAUGUUCAAAAUGCUCAAGAUGAAUUUCAGGAACUCACAGCAUCUCAGAAAAGUGGUGGGAAUGUUCUUCAGAUGAUGUACGAGAAGCCUGAGCGAUGGUCUUUUACCUUCCAGUCAUAUGCCUGCCUCAGUCGCAUACGAGCUCAGCUUGCUUCUCUCAAUGGCAAGGUGAAAGAUGCAGAGAAACCGGUAUUAUUUUUUGAACGAUCUGUGUAUAGCGACAGGUAUAUUUUUGCAUCUAAUUUGUAUGAAUCUGAGUGCAUGAAUGAAACAGAGUGGACAAUUUAUCAAGACUGGCAUGAUUGGAUGAAUAACCAGUUUGGCCAAAGCCUUGAACUGGAUGGACUCAUUUAUCUUCGAGCCACUCCAGAGAAAUGCAAGAGUAGAAUAUAUUUACGGGGAAGAGAGGAAGAACAAGGUAUUCCUCUUGAAUAUUUAGAGAAGCUUCACUAUAAGCAUGAAAGCUGGCUCCUGCAUAGAACGCUGAGAACCAACUUUAGUUAUCUACAAGAAGUGCCUAUCUUAAUCCUGGAUGUAAAUGAAGACUUCAAAGAUAAACACCACAGUCUGGUUGAAAGGGUCAAAGAAUUUCUGAGCACUUUGUGAUCUUGCUGAAGACUACAACCAGUGAAAUGUUUCCAGAUGCUUCAGCUUUGUCUAUCAUUGAAGCUCCACAUUCAUACACCUCUUUAGAAAACCCAAGUUUUUAAUCAUUUUUAUUCCAAAUGCUAAAAGUUUGUGACCAGUUUCUUUUCUUUCUUUCUGUCUUUUUGUUUGUUUUUUGUUUGUUUAAACAAAGACAUUUAAUUAUCUCUCACGACAAAAAGUGUGGAGGUAGAUGGUUCCACAGUCAGUAUAGUGGCUAAACUAUAUCCUCAGGGACCCAUCCCUCUGUUACCCUCCUCAGCAGGUGGCCUGUUUUUUCUGGUGCUUCUUAUCUCGCUGGUGACCAGUUUCUUAACUGGAAACUUUAAUGUUACAUAGUAAAUGGUAAUGUGUCCUGUGUAAACUUGCAAAAAGUUAAAAGUGGAAUUUAAGCAUUCUCUAGAAAAAGGAUUAAGAAGUUUUAGGUACAUUUGCUCAAGUGCCUCCCUUCCACCUUAAUUUAUGUAGCAGAUAAGACCAGGUUUCGUAUUUAAUCACUUUACUGAUUAUUAGUGUGUCUAUGACAUUAUAUAGGAGCAGGUUAGACUUUGUUCCCAGUUUGUAAUGGCAUAAUGUAUCAUAAGUCAUUUAAUCUUUUUCCUGCCUUUGUUUCUACAUCUGUGCUAUGGAUGAGACUUCAUCUUUUUGCAUGGGAUUUUGGAUGAUUAAAGAGGAAGUGUUUCUGUAUUUAAAAGAUAACUGAAAGUUACUACAUGAAUAAAAGAUUUAAUUUAUAUGGAGCUUAAAGUAGCUACUUGCUUUCUCCUUUCUCAGACCUUUUCAUUUAGAAGGGAAUAUUACUGUUAUGGUUAAAAGAUUGGUUUAAAGUGUGAUCAUCUUUAAAUCAUUUGAGGCGGAAGUAUAGUUUUCCCUACAUUCCUCCUUAUUUUUAUAGGUAAAAUGUUAGUGGAACAUAGUAAGGGAUACGUUUUUCCAUUUAUUAACUCUGUACUGGGAAUGAGUAGUCUCUUAUUACCUUUAUACUUCCUGAGAAGUCAAAAGAGAAACUGAAGACAACAUAGAUUAUCUUCCUUGCAGUUUAGUUUGUUUAGUCCCAACUGUUAUUCCCUGCUUCAGCCUGCUUUGCCCACUGUCUGGAUUAAUUAGGCAGCCUGCUGUUUUAAAGUCACACAUUUCUACUUGAGAACAUUGUGAUUAUUCUUUCUUCAUAGUUUGCUUUGUUUCUCUGUAGGUUUAUACCUUAAUUUUCUCCCCCACCCUUUAAUAGAAGUUGCUGAAAACUAAUCUUGCUUUAUAUGUUGUAUAUCUUGAACACAUUAUCAUUUUUGAAUAUGUAUGAGGAAAUAUAUAUUAAUAAAGAAGACAAAAGCA